CGACGGUUGUGUGCCUGACGACGGCGCCGGCGAUUCACCAAAGCCCACCGGCCUGCACUCGCCCCCUGACAGCAACAACGCGAUGAAGCUCGACGGCAGCGACGACUCGGAACUUAGCGACAUUGACGACUCCGUCAUCGAGGGUAUGCACCCGCCUGUCGCGCCGGAAGCGACCCAUUUGCCUUCGAUUGGCGAGGAAAAGGAGACGCCCGAUGCUGCAAUCAAAGAAGAAGAAGAAGAAGAGGAGGAUAUCGGCGAGGUGGUGCCUGACCACUGGUCCGGGACCGUCCCGGUCUUCAAGCCGACCAUGUUCCAGUUCAAGGACUUCACCAAGUUUGUAUGUAGCUCUGUCUAGAACCGCUGGCGCGCGCGAGCAGGAGAGACAGCUAACAUUGGGGACGCGCAGAUGGAGAAGGUCGAUUCGUACGGCAUGAAGUCUGGAAUCAUCAAGGUUAUCCCGCCGGACGAAUGGCGCCAGCGACAACCGCCCUUAGACGACAUCGUGAAGCAAGUCACUGUGAAGCAGCCAAUCAAACAAGACAUCAUGGGCUCCAAUGGUACCUAUCGGCAGGUCAAUAUCCUUCACCAGCGAUCAUACAAUCUUCCUCAGUGGCGCCAACUGUGCGACCAGAGCGAGCAUCAACCACCCGCGAGGCGCGGCGAGCGGCGGCUCAACGCUGACAAACCUCGGGCGGCACCGCGGCCACGAGCUGCAGCACCUGCAAGUACCACAGAAGCCAAGGCGCCAAAGUCCGGGGGCCGACGCAGUACACGUGGGAGAGGCAAGAGCACAAACACCCAGGAGGAACCCGAGGAUGCAGAGGACCGACCGAUGACGCCUGUCUCGCCACAACCGGAGGACGCCAUCAUGGACUCUGUUGAACAGGACCCUGGGGCCGACAUCGAUCCUGCCGAGACAACACCGCGCGUAGGUCGUAUGGGCGCUGUCAAGAUGCCCAAGGAGAAGGUGCAGUCCACCUCGGCAAGAAGAAAGUUUGCACGCCGAGAGGCCUCUGCCAGGAUCGAUGAGGAGGCGUUCAAGGACUUCGACUACAAGAUGGACAUUUCCGACUACACGCCAGAGCGGUGUGAAGAGCUCGAGCGGAUCUACUGGAAGACCUUGACAUACGCCCAGCCUCUUUACGGCGCCGAUAUGCCAGGCACGCUCUUCAAUGACGAGACAGAGACCUGGAACCUGGGGAAGCUACCGAACCUCCUGGAUGUUCUUGGCACCAAGAUUCCUGGUGUGAACACGGCAUAUCUGUACCUCGGCAUGUGGAAGGCGACUUUCGCCUGGCAUCUGGAGGACGUGGACCUCUACAGCAUCAACUAUCUGCACUUUGGUGCCCCGAAGCAGUGGUACAGCAUCUCUCAAGGCGAUGCCCGACGCUUUGAGGCUGCCAUGAAGAGCAUCUGGCCGACAGAUGCGCAAGCCUGCGACCAGUUCUUACGCCACAAGGCCUUCCUGAUCUCGCCAAACCACCUCAAACAGCACUUCAACAUCAAGGUUAACAAGUGUGUGUCGUACCCCGGAGAGUUCGUCGUGACGUAUCCCUAUGGAUACCACUCCGGCUAUAACUUGGGGUAUAAUUGCGCCGAGGCUGUCAACUUCGCCCUCGAUUCGUGGCUUCCUAUGGGGAAGAUUGCAAAGAGGUGUGAGUGCGCGCAAGCGCAGGACAGUGUGUGGAUCGACGUCAACGAAAUCGAGCGCAAGCUUCGUGGCGAGUCUACCGACUAUGAGGAGACUGAGGACGAGGAAGACGAGGAAGAUGAAGAGGAAGAUGAGGAAGAAGAAGAGGACGGUCCUGGCUUGGUUCCCUCGAAGAGCGUCAUCAAGAUUCGUGUCGCAAGUCGCAAACGAAAGCGGGCUAGCGAUGAGAAGGGCGAGCGCAAGAAGGUCAAGAAGAUCCGCCUUCGCGUCAAGGCAUCCGUGGAGCCGACGUGCUGCUUGUGCCCCCACGAUAUCGCUGGUGCAGAAAUUCUGCCGACGGACGACGGUCGGAAGGCCCACCGUAUGUGCGCCUUGUAUGGGCCCGAAGUCUGGGUUGAGACUGUUGAUGGCCAAGAAGUCAUUGCCAAUGCCGGCAACAUCAGCAAGGCACGGCUCGACCUCAAGUGUCUCUACUGUCGUUCGAAGCGGGGCAUCUGCUUCCAGUGCUCCCACAAAAAGUGCACCAGAGCAUACCACGCAACCUGCGCAGCGGCAGCAGGCGUGCUUGUCGAGGAAGGCGAGGUACCUCUGUUUGGCGAGGAUGGCACCGAGUACAAGGAGCAAGCGUUCGAGUUCACCUGCCGAUUCCACCGGUCGAAGAGAGACAAGAAGACGUCUGCCGAAGCCUUGGAAGCCUGCGAGGCCACCCGUACUGCGGCGGCCUCGCUGCAGAAGGGCGAGGUCUGCCAGUUGCAGUUUUACCGCGGCGACAUCUUUGCGGGCAUCAUCGUGGAGAACAGAGCCGACGAGGAGACGUUCUUGGUCGACGUCGUUCCCAAUGGCGACCGUGUCGAGGUUGAGUGGAAAUACCUACUCCUGCCUGAUCCCGCCGACUUGCGACUACCGAAAGCCUCACCGAACGCGAUCCCCAUGCCCUCGUCUCGAAAAGCCAAGGAGCUCAUCAAUGCCAGCAAACGGGAAGAAGCGGGCUCACCGCGUGCCGACGAGGCAUUUGUCGAAGGCCACACGUGGGCCGAGUUCAAGACGUAUGCACCUGUCAACCGGGCACAAGCCAAGAUUGAUCUGUCGAAGCAGGAUCAGCUCUGGCAUUAUCUCGGCAAGACGUCCACGGAGGCCCGCGCACAAUACUCGGAGGAUCCCAGGGUCGUGCGGCAUAACACAAGGAGUAAUUUCCUGGAUACGCUGCCUCGCCCACCACCCACCGCGAUCCCGCCUCCACCACGAUUUACCCCUGCCCCUCAUUCCAUGCCCCCACAGAGCUCAAAAUCUCCAGUGGCCACAAAGACUCCCAAACCGUACGCCUACAAGCCCAAGCCCGUCACUGCCGUCCCGGCACCGUUCGUCGCGCCUCAGCCUGUGUCGGCGCCCAUGCCCGCCGCAGUGCCGACGGCGACGGACAUGACUUUUACCGCGCAGCAGUUUGUCCCUCCUGCAGCUGUGAUGCCCGCGCCCAAGGUGCCGAUUGAGCUGCCUGUCGCACCGAUGGCGGCACCCCCGCAGCCCUCUCAGACAAACUCGAACGCGUCGGCGCCCGUGAUACCGCCGCCUCCCCAUCCUUCCAAGAUCAGGCCAUUUGCCACCCCAAAGCUAAAGUCCAGCUCCAAACAUGGACAUACAAGAAACAGCCUGUCUCUGCACAGUGUGAGCAGCUCGUCCAAGAUCACCAAGAGCCACUCCCGGAUGCGCAACUACUCCUUCUCCUUUGGAUCCUCCUUUGGCAACAAGACCAGCGCGAAGACGUCACCCUUCAGCCUUGGCUUUAUGCAACCCCAGGGCCUCGGUGCCUCGCCGUCGCCUCAAAAUGGCUCACUUUUCCAGGCCCAGGCCCGAGCACGGUCAAACUCGACCGUGUCAACAAAGUCCUUUACAGUCCCCAUGACGUCUGCCGCCAUCAGGCCUUCCUCGUCAGCCUCCAAUCAGAGCUCUUUGAUGCACACACAGGCACCGCCCACACCCGUCGCGACCUCGAACUCCCACUCUGUUGUUGUGAAGUACGCCUUCUUCCAACUGAACCACAACAAGGAUUCGAGCAAGUACCGUACACCAUACGCACCAUGGGGCGGUUUCACCAACGGCUAUGAGGGAAACCUCAGAGCACAUCUCAUGAAGACUCCUGAUGCCUUGUUCAGCGCAAAGAAGGACUCGUCAGCCAGGCCGGGGACUGCCAUGUCAGCUCCGGUCAGUGCUAAUCUUUCCCCGUUCACACCAGGGACGCCGUCAAGAAAGGCCAAGGCCAAGCAGGGCUUCCACCCCAACCUAUCUCAGCCAUCGGUCUUUGGCUCGUGGGAUUCUGGCGACUUCUCUGUGAUAUCACAGGAUUCUCUCGAGCUUUCAAGCAAGCCAUGGGGCCACCGACCGAAUGGCGGUAUGCCUCAAGUCCAGCGCUCAAACGUUGCACCUCGAAAGGCUAGAUUGUCUCAAUCUGCGCCGAGCAGCUCACCCAUGGCUACCGUCAACACCCACUCACGCUCAAAGUCAACUCAGGUACCGCUCUCAAACGUGUUCAACAAUUCCAAGCAAACAUAUGUGCCUCCGCCACGUCCUUGGGAAUCGCUCAAGCAGCCUGUGCCUUCAUCGGCGUCGAUUCCCAUGAACCAAUUUCAUGGAAUGACGAAUGGGUUCUCUGCCCCGUCGCCAUACUCGACGUUGGCGGCCAACUCGCCACACUCUGCCAUGACGAACCCUUUCAACCCGAUGAUGUUUGGGCCAAGCCCAUUCGUUCACAACGGACCAUCCCCGACGCUGCCUGUCAUGGGCUCGGCCAUGGAGGGCAGUCCUUUCGGCAACGAUGCGGACGUCUUUUUAGGCGAGUCUGGCUUGGAAGAUGUGUCUGAACCGAGCGAUAUGACUGGGUCGUUCUGGCCAAAGUUCGAACAGUCUACCCCGUCCAGUAACACCAACCAUCUCGGUCACGACAGCUUUCCCUCUAGCAGCAUGUUUGGGCACGAUCACUUCCCGUCCCCUCCGUGGAAUCCAUACUGAAUGGGUCCAUGGCUGUGCAAGAAGGCGUGGACGUUGAUUAUAUGGCUAGUCAUACCCUGAACAUACUUUUUUCUUAUGUGGCCAGAAUGGCUACAAGUGCUUACCGAUAUAGCAGCAACGAC